UCUCAGUUGGAAUCUGAAUAACUAAAGAGGAUUUUUAUACUUGCCAGCAAGGACAUCGAAAGAAAAGGUUCGAUUCAAGAUGGAGCCCCCAACCCGCAUCAAACAGGAACCCGGAAUCAAAACGGAUUACAUGGUAAACACGAACAGUAUAAUCCCCAACACUGCGGGAUCGAUGGACGUAGCUGUGAAAACGGAGCGACUGCAAUCCUUCCGAAUGCCUCGGGACCUUACGCUUACCAAUGGACGUGCGACGAAACCUCCGGCAAACAAAAAGGUGUACACGCCCAAUUUAAAUGCAGUGCGCAACAAAAAUACUGAUGUUAAGACCGCAUCUACCGGCCCUAAGAGCAGAGUCAAGACUGAUCGUAGUAAAAACGAUAAGGACUUAAAAAACCGAAAAGCUUCCCUCAUCCAAACAUCAGGAAUCUUUUCGGAUGGUUUAGCACAACGAGCACCGACUCGGGCAUCGAAAUAUGACCGAUCAGGUUCUUCCAAAGAACCGGGCGAAUCGAUUAGGAAGCCUGUAUUUGCCAGGACGGAAACUAAAAUGGAUUGGGAAGAUGAGAAGAAAAGGUUGAAACAUUUGUACGACGAUGAGGAGGAUGAUGUCGCUGAUAUCGAUAGAAAAAUGGAGAUUGGUUUGAAAUUACCAGUCAAGCUUGAAAGUGAUGAUUACAAAGCCAAACCGGAAGUUAAAACUGAAAUCAUUGAUGACGCGAGACUAGAUCCAUUUACUUUGGCCGAGUCACUGGUAUCGAACCCGGCAUCAAACAACAUAUUUCUUCUGCAACUACCGGAUGCAUUGCCUGGGAAGUGCGAUAGCGGGGAGAAGCAAACGGUAAACGGGCACGAAAUCAAAACAGAAGCACCACAAGCGGCUACCACCGAAGAAGCUCCACAGUACUGUACGGUGCGUGAUCUUGACGAAGGUUGUGUUGGUAAAAUUAUACGUUAUCGGUCAGGAAAGGUGAAACUUAUGCUAGGGAAAAUACUGUUUGAUAUCAGUCUUGGAAUGGACACGGGAUUUCUGCAGGAAUUGGUUUCGAUCAACGUUAAUCAAACAGAACGCAGCGGAAACAUAAUUAACAUCAGUACCAUUAAAGCUAAGCUGAAUGCAUCCCCGGAUUGGGAAUAUUUAUUUAAGAACUCUACGUGAAAUACAACAUUCUAAAUGCAGCCUCAGUAGGGUUGAAUAUUA